AUGGCCAUCUCCAUUACCUCGACCGAGCCUUUGGCUCUUCAUACCUUUCCAACAGAGAUCUUUGACCUUGUCAUUGAGCACCUAGUAGUGACUAUCGGCAUACGUAAGGCCGCCCUACUCCGGACAGUGAAUCGAGCAUUCAACACAUCCAUUCUGGACGCAAUCUGCCUCAGUCAGGUCAUUGACAUACACCAUCCUGGAACACCACGUAUCGCCUCGUGGAUGCCCCCAACUUUGAGAGGAAAGAUUAUCGCGGCCAAAUCACGUUCCACCGAGGCUGGAGGCCCGAAGUACCUGUCCGUCGUUAAAGCCGUCCAACAAACACUGGAAAAGGUGGCCGUUUCACUGGACCAGCAGCUGGAUGAGAGUUGGCUCGUGCUCAUAUCGGGAGAGAUCAACAUUCGUUCCAAGGGUGCCAUCGAUGCCGGAGUGCAGGCGCAGAACCUUUUGAGUGCCGCUGCUAUAAUCGGUCAUUUGGCCUUCACAAAGCUCUUGUUAGACGGCGCAUUGGGAUUGCCCGUUCUGCCAAAGGUCGAUGGACACACUCCAUACUUCGAAAAUGCACUUUGCUUGGCCGCAGCGUAUGGACACCUAGCAGUCGUUCAAUAUCUUCUUCACACCGGUGCUCGACCCAUAGUCCCCUCAUAUUAUGAGAACGAAGAAAGCCUGCUUGAUACCCAAGCAAGGUGGAUCACCGAAGAUCCAAAUACCCAACUCUUCUCACUGCGCUAUGAGGAACAUCACAGUCCAUUGCGUGCUGCUGUGCAGAGCGGCCACGCAGAUAUUGUACAUCUUCUGCUACGUCCGGAACAUAGACCACACCUCUCGAGCGUUGAGUAUCUGCGCGCGGUUCUCGCAGGGGCGAGAUUUGGCCGCAUCGACCUCAUUCGGACUCUUCUGCACACGAUUGGCAAAGAACUUUCAGACUUCCCUGGAUUGGGCGAAGAAAUGCUUCGGACUGCAGCCCACCACGACCAGAGAGCCGUUGUGCGGAUAUUAGCUCACCAAGGCAUUGACGUUAAUUGCAUUCCCUUCCCCGAGGGCCGAACUAAUCAGUAUGGUGCCUUAUGGAUAGCUUCAGCAAUGGGCCACGUCGACAUGGUACAUCUUCUCUUGGAGGCCGGAGCCAAUGUUCAUCUGAUUACAAUGGACUAUGGAUCUGCAAUUAAAGGAGCUGCUUGUCGCGGCCAACAAGAGGUUGUUGACAUACUGAUCGAGCACGGCGCCGAUCCCGCCACGGCAUUCUUGAGCGCUGCCCAAAGCUGUCAGCCUUUACUGAUCAGACACCUACUCGAUCGUUUUCCAGCCCUGGCGGAGGGUGAAUGCGGCCAAGUUGCCCUGUCCGACUCCAUUGUUGGAUGCAAUCUAACUGCCAUAUCAAUCCUGGUGGAAUCAGGCGUUUCCCUGAACCUACACAGCAGUGCGGGUUACGGGUUAUACGGCCCUCGCUGGGUGACUGAUCAUUUGUACACUCUUGGUGCACGGACAAUUGAUUCAGCUGAGUGGACCAGGAACGACUAUCAUCUCGAAAUUAGAGAUGUUAGACUGUCGAAGCAUACCUGGGAAUGGGUUAGCAAGCACUAG